AUGCUUACUGCAGUGCCUGAGUUACGUGUUGGCCUUUCUUUCUGCCUACCACAGCCUGACGGCAUGCGUGCCUGCCAUGCCCCAUCCCAUGCACGUCCCCACCAGCAUCCUCACCAUUCGCUUCCUCCCACCACCCAACCAUCCAGCCCUGCAUCCGUUCAGCUGCUCCCUUCUAUAUUCUUCAUCACUACCCCUUCUUCCCCACUUUCCGCCUCUCCUCCCCCUUCCCUCUCUUCCCACCUCACCUGCAUUCAUAUCGACAGCAUCACCCUCGCUCACCCGCUGCUGGAGCAAGUCGGGGGAAGCAUGGGGAGUUGGGGGGAUGGGGAUCAGUUGGGUGGGGGAGCAGUUGGGAGCGUUCCUUUCUUCCCUCCCUCCCUUCCUUCACUUCCUCAUGUUCCCUCCCUUCCCUCCUCUUCCCUCCUUUCCCUUCUCUUCCAUCCCCUUCCUUCCUCUUCCCUCCCCUUACCUCCAUUUCCCUCCCUUUCCCUUCUCUUCCCACCCCUUCCCUCCUCCUCCCUCCCUUUCAACCACUCCUCACCUGCUGACAUCCCCCCUUGUCCCCUUCUCGGUCCUUCCGCCUCUCCUUCUCCUCUCCCUCCCUACCUCCUCCCCCAGUGGCGGACAG